AUGGCCAAGAAGAACGGUCGUCGCAACCCAGAGCAGCCCAAGCCCAAGCCGCCGCCAGAGCCGACGCCCAAGUACACGCCUGAGAACAACCCGUUCGCGGUCCCCGCCACCCCGUCGCCGCCCCAGCGCAAGCCCAAGAGCCGGCCCCCGAAGCGCUCGAGUGCACCGCCUCCUCCCCGAGCUCCUGUCGUCCCCGGCGCCGGCACCGCUCCGAACGGUCGGUCGGCGGCGUCGUCGCCGAGCGCGCCUGUCGAGGACCCUCGCAUCGCCGAGACGCGCGCCCUUCUCGAGAAAGGCCUCGUUGCCCAGGCGUUCGCCGCCCUCGCGCCGUCCGACAAGGCGCGGCCGUCGACCGCGCAGCUGUCGCGCAUCGAGCGUCUGAGCGCGCACGUGUCGCGCUUCAAGGGCGCGCUCAAGGGCCAAGGACCGAGCGUGCCGUGGGAGGCCAAGCUGUGGAGGUGCGAGGCGCUCGAGGGCGCCAAGAAGUGGAACGAGCUCGAGAACUACACGUCCACCCUCCUCAAGAACGCGCCCGUCGACCGCAUCGAGAUCCAGCUGUACCGCACGAUCGCGCUGUACCAGCAGUGCAAGCUCGAGGGCGCGAUCCAGGCCGUCAAGGACAUCGGGCUCGAGGGAGCCGACGAGGCGACGGUUAGGAAGGUCGAGAACCUCUCGUCGCGCCUGACCCGUGUCGCGGCGCUCAAAGACUCGGGCGCGACGGCGUUCGGCGAGGGUCGCUACGAGGCCGCCAUUGCCGACUACUCGCACGCUCUCCUCGUCGACCGCGACAACGCCCAGCUGCGCAAGAUCCUGUGCCAGAACCGCGGCAUGGCCAAGCUCAAGCUCGGCAAGGACCUGCACGCCGCCAUCGCCGACUUUACCUCGGCGCUCGCACUCGCGCCGCGGUUCGUCAAGGCGCUCAAGCACCGCGCCGACGCGUUCGCCCAGCUCGGGCAGCUCAGCCUCGCGCUCGACGACCUCGAGCGCGCUGUCGAAGCGGCGCAGGAGGGCGCCGAGAAGAGGGCGCUCGUCGGCGAGCGGGACGCGGUGCGCAGGAGGAUGGCCGAGGAGAAGCAGCGCAAGGAGCGCGAGGAGGAGGAGCGGCGGUGGAAGGACAAGCAGGCCGAGCGCAAGGACCACUACAAGAUCCUCGGCGUCGACCGCCACGCCAACGACGCCGAGCUCAAGAAGGCCUACCGCAGCAUGUCGCUCAAGCACCACCCGGACAAGGGCGGCAGCCAGGAGGCGUUCGUUCAGGUGACCGAGAGCUACCAGGUCCUGUCGGACGACCGCCGCCGCCGCAUGUACGACGAGGGCAGUUCGGACGACCCGGGCUCGGCGGCGCAGGGGUCGCCCUUCUUCCGCCGCGGCGACGACUCGGACGGCAUGGAGGAGUUUGGGAUCCCGUUCCCGUUCGUGUUCCAGCACAUGUUUGCGCACAUGUUUGCCGCCGCCGAGGAGCGUGGCGGCGGUGGUCGUCGAGGAGGAGGAGGAGGAGCGAGAGGAGCGAGGGGCGGUCGUCGCGGGAGGGGCGGACGGUGA